AUGUUGCAUUUGAAACCACAUAACUUACUGAUUCAAAAGACUUUCAGCGAAGCACUCGAGGCUGCCGCUGCUGGGGCUCCAUUAACAUUGGAUAGAAUCAUUUCCGAUUUUGAUUACACAACUUUCCAUAUCUCAAAUUCGCCAGAGGAUAAGGCUUUACUUUGGUUGAGUAUUAGAACUAAAGCUUGGCAAAGUAUCGCGACAUGUGAUGGAAAUAAAAAUGGGUUACUCCCAUUCUUAGAGAGUAAAUUCACCUCUUAUCCAAGCGUUUCGAUCCCAUCAUCUUUUGAAAGUGGAUACGAUUAUACUUUACAAAUUGAUUUGAAAUCAUUAGAUGCAGCCACUGUCUUACAAUUAUCAUUGGUAAAGACUCUAAUUUUUAACUACCCAUUCCACUUGUCCUUCAGUGAAUUUAUUGAAUUGAGUAAACAACAACCAGUUACAGAUGAUUUUUCCAUGUCAUCUUCACAAUCAACAUCAAAAUCUUUAUAUACUAUUCGCUAUAGAGAUGAUGAAAACAUUUUCAUUAAACCAUCAAAUGAUAGAAUUACUGUCAUAUUCGAAACAAUUUUUCAAGAUGAAACUGAUAAAGUUUUUGGUAAAGUGUUUUUACAAGAAUUCGUCGAUGCAAGAAAGAGAAAUCGUAGUAUCCAAUCUGCUCCACAAGUCUUGUUUUCUCAUGAACCUCCAUUAGAAUUACAACAACAUCAACAAGGAUCCACUAACACAGAUAAAAGUAGAAGAUUUAUCACGUUUGUUCUUUUCCCUCGUCAUUUCCAAACUGUAGAAUUACAAUUCUCCACAGUUUGUCAAUUGACCUUAUUUAGAAAUUAUUUCCAUUAUCAUAUUAAAUGUUCUAAAGCUUAUAUGCAUUCAAGAAUGAGAUAUAGAGUCGAUUCAUUCAUCAAGGUUUUAAAUAGAGCUAAAUUAGAUGAAGAUGACGAGGAAACGAUCGAUGAGAAAAAUCAACCACAUCAAAGAAGAACAUUCACAGGUAGAAAAAUGGUCUAUUAA